AUGGCUCGUCGUUGUUGGCAAAUCUUGAUGUGCAUUCUCUCGUGUGGGCUUCCGCUACCGACGAAACCCGUCUUGGAUGUUUGGCAACGUGAAGCAAUCGACACCCAAAAUUGCCAUGACCACAGCCAAGGCACCACAAACACAACGGCUUCAGUCAACACCCUGCAUCCCUUUUUCGACUGCUUUCGUAACCACGACGAAAUCUCUGUGUUUCUCGAGCAUUUGCUGCGUGUGGACCAACCACACCGUCAGCUGUCCAAAGUCCAAAUUGCCACUUCUGUUCAAGGACGGCCCAUAUUUGGCUACAACUGGGCUUCCACCGACUCCAUGGCGCCGUCCAAAGACCGGUCAUUGCUGUACAUCCAAGCCGGUAUCCACCCUCGGGAAUGGGCAUUGGCGGCGUAUGACGUGGUGUUUGUCCCUGUCGUGAAUGUGGACGGGUAUCGAUUCACGUGGGCAGCCCCGAGGAACCGCCUGUGGCGAAAGAACUUGCACGGGGUCGACUUGAAUCGAAACUUUGGUCCGAGAGACUUCUUCACUCCGUCGAGCGACGAGUUCAGUGAGAUGUAUUCUGGUCUGUAUGCCACUAGCGAGCCUGAAACGCGAGGGGUACGGAAUUACGUACGCACGUGGCUUUCCACAUGGACGAUGUAG